CGUCCGAGUCGCGGGCGGUGGCGGCGGCGGACGCGGGGAUGUCGGUGCAGGUCGUGUCAGCCGCGGCGGCCGCUAAGGUGCCGGAGGCGGAGCCGCCGCCGCUCAAGGACCUGAGCCCGGCCGAGGCGGAGCCGCAGCUGGUCCUGAGCGCCGCGGCCGUGCACGCCAUGGCGCCCCCGGCUCCCGCGGCGGGCGGCGGGGACCCCGAGUCGGCGGCCCCCGAGCGGCCCCCCGCGCCCGCCGCCGCCGGCAAGCUCCCGCAGGCGUCGGCCAUGAAGCGCAGCGACCCGCACCACCAGCACCAGCGCCACCGCGACGGCGCCGAGGCCCUCGCCAGCCCCGACGGCUCCGUGGCCGAGGCGCCGCGCACCGUCAAGAAGCAGAUCCAGUUUGCUGAUCAGAAGCAAGAAUUCAAUAAACGUCCUACCAAGAUAGGACGUCGCUCUCUGUCUCGUUCCAUUUCUCAGUCAUCUACUGACAGUUACAGCUCAGCUGCUUCUUAUACAGAUAGCUCUGAUGAUGAGACCUCUCCCAGGGACAAACAGCAAAAGAACUCCAAGGGAAGUAGUGACUUCUGUGUCAAGAACAUCAAGCAGGCAGAGUUUGGGCGGAGAGAAAUCGAAAUUGCUGAACAAGAAAUGCCUGCACUUAUGGCUUUGAGAAAGAGAGCCCAAGGAGAAAAACCACUGGCUGGAGCCAAAAUUGUGGGUUGCACACACAUCACUGCUCAGACUGCUGUGCUGAUGGAAACUCUGGGUGCUCUGGGGGCACAAUGCCGAUGGGCUGCCUGCAACAUAUAUUCGACUCUCAAUGAAGUAGCUGCAGCUCUCGCAGAAAGUGGGUUUCCUGUCUUUGCUUGGAAAGGAGAAUCAGAGGAUGACUUCUGGUGGUGCAUUGACAGAUGUGUGAAUGUAGAAGGCUGGCAGCCAAACAUGAUCUUGGAUGAUGGAGGGGAUCUCACUCAUUGGAUUUAUAAGAAGUAUCCCAAUAUGUUUAAGAAAAUCAAGGGCAUAGUAGAGGAGAGUGUUACUGGAGUUCAUAGACUGUACCAGCUAUCUAAAGCUGGAAAGCUGUGUGUUCCUGCCAUGAAUGUCAAUGACUCAGUCACCAAACAGAAAUUUGAUAAUCUCUACUGUUGCCGUGAAUCGAUACUUGAUGGACUUAAAAGGACAACAGACAUGAUGUUUGGUGGAAAGCAGGUGGUAGUUUGUGGCUACGGAGAGGUGGGGAAGGGGUGCUGUGCUGCUCUGAAAGCCAUGGGCUCCAUCGUGUAUGUAACCGAGAUUGACCCUAUCUGUGCUCUUCAAGCCUGCAUGGAUGGAUUUCGACUGGUGAAAUUAAAUGAGGUCAUCCGACAAGUGGAUAUUGUUAUUACCUGUACAGGUAAUAAGAAUGUGGUAACCAGAGAGCACUUGGAUCGAAUGAAGAACAGUUGCAUUGUUUGUAACAUGGGACAUUCCAACACAGAGAUUGAUGUGGCAAGUCUGCGGACCCCAGAACUGACCUGGGAGCGAGUUCGAUCUCAAGUUGACCAUGUCAUAUGGCCCGAUGGGAAAAGGAUAGUAUUGUUGGCAGAGGGCCGUCUGCUAAACCUAAGCUGCUCCACUGUGCCUACCUUUGUGCUCUCAAUCACCGCUACUACUCAGGCUCUUGCCUUGAUAGAGCUUUACAAUGCUCCAGAGGGCCGAUAUAAGCAGGAUGUCUACCUGUUGCCCAAGAAAAUGGAUGAGUACGUGGCCAGUCUACACCUGCCUACCUUUGAUGCACACCUGACAGAGCUGACAGAUGAGCAGGCCAAGUACCUGGGACUCAAUAAGAAUGGACCCUUUAAGCCUAAUUACUACAGGUAUUAAGUUCCUGAAACCCAAGCCCUAUGAAGUUUUAAGAAACAGAACUCCAGUUUUUUAUCCACUACUAUACAGGAAAGAAUCCAGCAAGCUACUUCAAUCAGCUGCCCGCUGUGCUCAUUCUAUGUUAGGUUUAUUUAUUUAUUAAAAUCCAGAAUCCUGUUCCUGUUGCCUUGGCCCAGAGUGUGAUUACUGCCCCAAGGCCAGGAAAGCCACAGAACAUAGGCUGCAGACAGAAAGAAAUUGGGCCGCCAUUCCCAGUACAUCUUUUGCAUCAUUCCUCAAUGACUGAAUCCUCAGCAGCGGUCAGUUUUCUUUUGUCUAGGUUCAGGAGAUAGUCCAGAGACUAUAGACUCCUUGGAGUAUUCUGGAAUAAAUUUUUUUGCAACUGCCUUUCUCAGCUUUAGCCUUUCCCCAAGAGGCCUUUUAGAAGCCACAAAAUUAGCAUGGCCUGGGCUCUUGGCUUUGACCAUCACUGUCACUGCCUUCUUUAUAAAGUGGCUAGAAGGGAAGAAGUGUUAGACUUUGGCAAACUAUUAUCAAGAACUCAGCUGUGCCUGUGCUUCCUGGGAAUUCUUCACCUUACCCAGGACUCAUUUCUUCUCCUUAAAUAUGUCCAUUUUAACAUUGUAUGGUUCCUAAAAAGAAUGUGCCUCCAUUAUUUCCUUAGUAGCUCUGGUGUUUGUCAGACAUUUGUUUUGCCAUCUUUCUAACUCAGCUAAUAAAUUCUUCCCAGGAAGUGGGGGUCAGCCCUAUUGAGAUCCAGAGUUUUAUUUUCCUCCUAUUGAACUGGAUAGUUUCCCAAGAUGCUUCCUGAACCACACAAAACACCCCACAGAAGCAGAAUUUGUUUGUUUCUAUCCUGAGGUGUGCUUUGCAGCUUAUCUGAGUAAGCUAGACAGAGAUGACAUUAUCUACUAUCCAGAUGAAAGUGUCUCUGAGGCUAAUGUGACUACUCUAAAACUUGUCAUACAUUCCUCCCUUUGGCCAUUGCUAUUCAUAAAAGAGUGAAUAUUUGUGCAAUUUAACCUGUGAUGUGCUGGGAAAUCUUUUUAUGUUCUGGCCACUUCUCUUUAGGAUUCUGUAUUUCAGAAAUAGUUUCUGUGUAACUUUUGCAUUGAAAAAAAAUAGUAAGGGCUGGAGAGAUAGUACAGGGAUUAAGGUAUUUACCUUGCAUAUGACUAUUUGAUCCCAAACACCACAGAUGAACACCGCCAGGAGUGAUCUGAGUGCACAAUCAGGAGUAAGCUUUGAACACUGCUGGGUUUGGCUCCAAAAAAUAAAUAAGAAAUUAGUAAUGUGAGCAGCCUGAAAUUGUAUUCCCUACCUUGAAGCUGAGCUUAACUGUUAAGGGUUUUGUUGAGACCCGAUUAAUUCAAGGAGUUAGUGUGGAGUGAGUCUAGCACUUUUGAAUGGAGUAAGUCCCUUUCUCCCUUCUAACCCUUUCUAACACUCUCAGGUUUUCUACCAUUUUUUUUCCUGUUCUGGUCUGCCUCAAUCUCAAAACUAAAGUGACUCAAGAAAACCAAUAUCUCUAGAACCUUCCUACCUUGAUUUUCCUCCCCAACAUCCCUCUUCUCCUGCCCUUGGUCUUCAUAGAUAUCCACAAAUCUAGUCUGGGGGUGACCUUCCUUUUGAAGGUAAGGAGAUAAAUCUUGAAGAAAUGGCUGUUUGCCUCACAAAAUAGCAUCUAAGCUCCAACUGUAGAAUCUGAUUCCUCAGAGGCCAGAUAUAUUAGCAAGGAAAAGUGCACCACAUUCAGCUAUAUUUGUUCAUGAGGAAAACUGUAAAUGUAAACGCCUCUAGGCCACUAAUUUCUUAUUCUUGCUUACCCAGUUCUAAUUUAUUAAUUGGACUCCUGCACAAAAGAUUUAGGAUUCCUCUUAAAUCUAGAGCAGAUUCUACUAGGCAGUUAGCUGGACUCUAUACUCUUCUGUUCAUAGAUCAACAAGCCUAACCUAUUUCUCAGCAAAACUUAACUCUCUGUGGAGUUUACUUUAUAAUCCUCUUGACAGCACCCUCUGCCUUGCUAAAGUGAAGAGCUCCAUUCACAGUCAGAAGCCACUUUGGGCCUCUAGGUUAGAUUGCCAGCAUUGCAGUUCAUAGUGAUGUAUUUGUCUCUGACUUUCAGGUGACCUUUAUUCCUUUCUCAGGGCCUCUCGGCAACAACCAUUCAGAACAAGGAAGCCCAGGCCAAUCAUAGUAUUGGGAUUUGGUCGUUUUUCCCUCUAGGCUUGGAAUCAGAACAAAUGUUUCUUUUUCCUAUAAAUCUCAGAUGAAUCCUAGCUAUCUGGAAGCUCCAAAAAGAGUAAUAAUCACUUAAUAUGUAGCCCUGGCAUGUGAGGUACUUCAUUUUCUCCACUAUGAAUUUGCACUAGCUUCAGGGGAUAUGUUUUGCCUUCUUAAUGGAAAUACUCAGUUUUCUUUUUCCUAUUAAAAAAAAAAAGUUAUCUAGUCUCCCUUCCUGGGUUUUGGGGGCACAUCCUUAUCACCCUCCACUUCCUGUGCAAGCAUGGCCCCACAUGGCCACGUACACCUACAAAGCUUUUUGCUGCUUGGCUUUUCUCUGAACAGAUCAGAAAUUGCUGCUCCUGUGGUUCUCUCAAAAUUAACUUUGUCAUGGUUUUAAACAAAGAAAUCAAAAGGCAUUGUUGCAUUAAGCUUUUUUUAAUAAAGAAAAAUUACAGAAAGAAAAUAGGCUACACGAGCAAAUUAUAUGUGGACAAGUUCUAAGCUAUAUAUACAUACAUACAUAUAUAUAUAUAUAUAUAUAUAUAUAUAUAUAUAUAAAUCAUCAUCUAGUUGUCACUGUCAUCUUACUGAAAGGAUGUAAAACCUCUACGGUAUCACCAUUUCUAAGAGGCUCUUUGAAAUCUUAUUGUCUAAGUAAUUGUACUAGAUCAGCAAUAAUGACUAUGUAAUCUCGAAAGAAAAUAAAAUAUUGUUAAUGGA